AGGUGUACCAGUUUCCAAGUAGAGCCUUUGGACAUGACGUGUCAAUCACUGUGGAUAAACGCGCCUCUUCUGUCACAGCUCGCUAUAUGAAGGGCGGCUCCAGCUCAGGCAGCGUCAUUGGAAUUUGGAGUCUCGAGUGUUCCAAGAUGCCUGCGUCACAGAUUGGAUUUGGAGAUUUCUUUAUUGGGAAAAACAUCAACAUGCAGCAUGGAUAUCAGACUAUGGUUUUGGGGCGCCCAUCUGGGGUCCCCCCUGUUCUUGGUCACCCUGCAGUAGCUGGAGCACCCCGGUCCUAUUCUGGGAUGCAGGGCUAUAGUUUCAUCCCCUGUCUGCAUCUGGGGCACAAUAUGAGACUAAUGAGUCCCUAUCAGCUGAAGUCAGCGUCUCCCUACCAUCAGGCUCUCCUCGGCCAAGGGGCACCCUUCUACUCGCACUACCGAGCCCUGGCAGCUGAGGACCGGGGUAGGGCGGGCAAAGCGGCCGCCCGAGAGAGCACCGGGGCGCUCAAGGCCUGGCUCAGCGAGCACCUGAAGAACCCAUACCCGACCAAGGGCGAGAAGGUGAUGCUGGCCAUUGUCACCAAGAUGAGCCUCACGCAGGUCUCCACCUGGUUCGCCAACGCCAGGAGGCGACUGAAGAAGGAAAACAAAGUGAGCUGGGUGUGCAAGAGCAAAACCGACGAGGAGAGUGAGAGCGAGGAAGAGGAGGCUGGAGAGAAAAGAGAGCGUGAGGAGGAAGAGGAGGAGGAAGACAUUGAUUUACAGACUGUGGAUGAGAAUGAGAAAGAAGGAUCUGGGUCUGAGGGUUCCGACCAGGAGCCCACCAGGACUCCAGACAGGCUCAGUCCAUCGGCUCCAGGGGACGGGCUAAAGGAAUCAGAAAGAGAUGUAGUUCUAGGGAACAACAGCGAGAGUGAAAAUAAGAGGGUCACACGCUUGGGUGAUUCUACAAAACCCGAACUAGGAGCUAAAGAGAAUACAGCGCCACAGAAACCCAAAAUAUGGUCCUUGGUCGAAACAGCAACCUCGGGCACUGGGCACAGUGCAGUGCAGAAAAGAUCCGCUCAUCAUAUCAACAGCCAGGACACUGGCGGCUUGUGGGCGGAUUUGACUGUCAGGAAUGGACAGUAUGUUCCUCUGUAUUUGCCAGCACACUGCUCCCAUAGACACGAUUUGUCUUGUAGUAUACGAAAGUAAACUGCAACCAUUCCAGGAAAGGCGUCUUCUUGUAAAGUGCACUUAAUUUAUAAAGCUUCUCCUAGGGUAAUGUUAUUUCAAAGUGGAAGUUUUGUAAUUAGCAAGUAUUUAAAGAUCACAAUGUGAAUGCUUUGUAAUAUGAAACCGAAGUAAAGUCUGUUACCCUAUUUCCAUUCUGGCAGAUACUUUUGCACGUCCUGUAAAUAUCCGCUGAGUUACACAAAUGUUAAAAUUGUUUAUUUUGUGCAAUA